AUGGAGUGCGAGUCUGAUGAGGAUAAACCUAUAACAGAAGUAAGGACUGCUAGGAAACGCUUUCCUGAUGAUGUUACUAAUCUUCCCGAAAUACCACAAAAGAGGGACAAGAAAGGCCAGUUUAACUCGAGAUUCAGUUCGGUAUCAGUUUCUACAGCAAGUUUGACUGAGACUGAUAUUGCAACUGAGGUAGCAGGUAGAAUAGCUGGAAUUGAAAUAGAAAACUUCAUGUGUCAUAGUAAUUUACAAAUUAAUUUCGAUGUGAAAAAUAAGAAUUGUUUCUACAUCGGAGGUUCCAACGGAAGUGGGAAAAGCGCCGUGUUCGCUGCUUUUAAUUUGGGGUUAGGAGGAAAAGGUAGCCACAAUGACCGUGGAAACUCUGUGAAAGGAUAUAUAAAAUCUGGAAAACAGAGAGCCAAGAUUCGAAUUACUUUGACUAAUAGGGGACAAGGAGCUAUCAAAUCUUUCGCACAGAGAAACUUAGGCCAGCACGUGAUAAUAGAGAGAAGUAUUAACCAUACACAAUCAACUUACACUUUAAAAACAAGUGAUGGUGUCGGGAAUGAAAUGCGAGAACGGGUAUUCUCUAAUAAAAAAAGUGAUCUCGACGUGAUUUUAAGUAAAUAUAAUAUUCAACUAACUAACCCCAUUUUUUGGAUGAGUCAAGAUCGAUCUCGUCAGUUUCUUCAGGGAUGGGAUCCUCUGAAGAUGUUUAAUAUGUUCAUGGAUUCUACUGGGUUGAGUGUAGCGUUAAGAACCUAUGAAGAGAUUGAGAACUCAUUGAAGGAGUUGAAAACUAAUCAAAAGAUAUGUAAUGAGCUAGUUCGAGAGAAGAAAGAAGAGUUUCAAAAAAUAAUAAAUUUACGAUCUCAAACUCAAAAGGUUAGACAGCUUCGUACUAAUCUUCUAAGUUUGCAUUGGAUGGCUUGCUGGACUCCACUCAGAGAUUAUCAGAGAGAUUUUGAAGAAGUCGAGUCUGCUUUGGAUAAUUUUGAAAAAAACAAAUCGAAUCUGCGAACAGUUUUGAAAGAAGUAGCUGAGGAAAAAGAGGCCAAAGCAGAACUUAAUGAGAAGAUCAGGAAGGAAAUGAAAGUCUUCUCGGAGAGCACAAAGGUUUUUGUGGAAAGAAAAAAAAACUGCGAUCAGCAGAUGAGGGACCUCAAUCAUAAAGUUAUACAAAUUGAAAAUGACCACGAACGUCUGAGAGUAAAAUACGAAAAUCAGAUGCGGACGAUCACUCGAAUGGAGACUGAAGUGUCCGAUGUUCUGACGAAGAAAGGUGUAGACGAGAAUGCGGAAAAGAUUCAAGAAGCUAACAGAUCUCUGGAACUAUUAACAGAACAAGAACAAGUAAAGGUAUCAGAGAAAGUGAAAUUUAGACAAGAUUGGAAUGAAGUUGAGAAAAGAAAGCAAUCUAACGAUUCCGAAUUAGCGCAGAUCAAGCAAAAAGGUGCUAGCCUUGUUUCAAAGCUCAAGAUGCAAGAGUCUCUACUACGAGACAGCGAGGGAAGAUCGAGCAAUCAAAUGUUCAGAUUCGGUGAGCACACUUCCAAGAUACUGGAAGUUAUUCGUUCGAACCGUCAUCUCUUCGAUAUGGAACCGAAAGGGCCUAUUGGCAUGUAUGUUAGUGUGUUGGAUAAGAAGUGGGCUUUUGCUGUUGAAGAAGUUUUGCGAGCUAAUUUGAAAUCGUUUUUAAUUGAUAGCAAGAAGGACUUGACGACUUUUAGGAAAUUAUUAAAUAAAUACCGGAUUCCUGUCCCAAACACUUUAGUUACAAGAUUCGUAGGAGAAGACUAUGACGUGAGGAGAAGUGAGCCUAGCUCAGAUUAUCCAACAGUUUACCGAAUGAUAGAGGUUAAGGAUGUUGACGUCAGAAACGCUCUGAUUGACAGCACCGGUAUUGAAAGUAUCAUUUUGAUUGAAUCCGAUCAGGAAGCAAGGCGGUUGAUGGAUGGGCAUGCUCCUCAGAAUGCCAGUAGAGCUAUAACUUCAAGUGGUGGAACUGCAUACUCACACCCUUACCGAUUUUAUGCAUGCCAAAAAACUCCGAAGCCAACAAUAUUGGAUGAAGAUCAAGAACUAUGUGACUUUGAGAAAGUUCGUAGUGAGAUUGCUGAUCUAAAAAAGCAGCUGGAGCAAUGCAGUGCGGUCAGGUCUAAACUUGAAAAUCAAGAUAGAAAACUUCAUAAGGAGAACGAAUACAAAAGAAGGCUGUUUACUUCCUGUGAGGAGGAGAUGCUCCAAAUUCAAACUCAGAUUCGAGAAUGUAGAACGAAGAUUGAUAUGUUCGUAGAUGAUACUGACAACGAUGAAGUGAUUGGCAAUCUUAGAAAUUCCAUUGCGGCGUACCAUGAUUCAUGCAAGAAGAUCAAGGAAGAACAAAACACUUUGCAAAAUAAACGAGCAGCAUUGCAAGAAGAGUUUGCUGGAUUAGAAAGAGAACAAUUGGUGAUUGAAGAAGAUCAGGCUGAGCUUGAAAAAAAAUCUGAGAAACUUAGACAAUCUUUCCAAUCUAUUAAAGCGGAAAGCGACGCGUUAGAAGGUAAAUAUCAAGAGGCAAAGGAUCAAUUAGACUCUGCUGAAGUGAAUCAUAUGGACUUGGCUACAAAAAGGAAAAAUUUGUUAACAAUAGAGAAAGCUAAGGCUGAGAGAUUUGCUGAAACAGCGAAGGAUAUGCCAGUUCCUGAGGGUUUUUCCAAUCCUCCUGAUUUUGAUAAACUUCCAGCUUCAAGUAUUUUGAAUGAAGAAGUGGAAAACAUAGAGACUGAAAUAAAGCGGGAAGAGAAAAUACAAAGUGAAAUGUCCAAUCAGAUAGAAAGGAAAGAUGAACUGAUAGAUGAUGCUAUGUUCGCACACUUCUUCGAAGAUUUCAAGACAUUCAAAAGGAGUAUAAAGAUGAAUCGUGAAAUAGCUUCUAAACUUGCUGAAUCUCUGCGUGUACGAAAAGAAAAUUUCCCAUUGUUACAACAUGUCAUAAUUCAGCGACUUCAGAGUACUUUCAAGGAUCUCAUGCUUUAUUGUAAGUUCAAUGGAGAAAUUGAAGUCGAUACACGUAAACGUCGUCUCAAUGUUCGAGUGAGCAGAAAAGAAAGUGGUGAAAGUCAAACUCAACCAGCUCUGCAAGAUAUGAAAGGUCUGUCUGGCGGAGAAAGAUCGUACACUACAGCCUGUCUUAUAAUGGCUCUCUGGGCUAUCAUGGACCAUCCUUUCCGUUGCAUGGACGAGUUUGAUGUUUUCAUGGAUAUGAUUAAUAGAAAGAUAAUCAUGAACUUACUAGUCGAACUUGCAACAGUGAAAUAUCCACAUAAUCAAUUCAUCUUCUUCACACCUCAGGGAAUUCGCGAGCUUGACGAUAAAGACCGCGUUGACAUUUUUACAAUGCAAAAACCUAGAACUGGAUGA